GCCUCGUCAGUACAUCCAUCCAUCACUGGCAUUGCGGAGACUUCUUCCAGAUUCCAGCGUACAGAGGAGACCAGCUGAGACACCCAGCCCCGUGGGACUGAGCAACUGCUAAGACUUUCCAUUCACGGCCAGCCACUGUUGGAUUAGGGGAGGAGCCCACUCGGCACUGUAUACCUGCCUGGCCCAAACGCCUUGGUGACCAAACCAACAGUCCCAUUCUGCCUGAGGUAACCCAGAGCUGAGGUUGCCUGACCACUGCCCCUACUGCCUAGGGCUUUGUACGACUUUCCUGGGAACGCUUCAAGUUGUCUGACACCACAGACCACUGGAACCAUGGUCCAUGGAUGCAAAGGGUUCCAGUUCCAAAACUGGGCGAAGACCUAUGGCUGCUGCCCAGAGAUGUAUUACCAGCCCACAUCAGUGGAGGAGGUCAGAGAGGUGCUGGCCCUGGCUCGGCAGCAGAACAAGAGAGUGAAGGUGGUGGGCGGUGGCCACUCCCCUUCAGACAUCGCCUGCACUGAUGGCUUCAUGAUCCACAUGGGCAAGAUGAACCGGGUUCUGCAGGUGGACGCGAAGAAGAAGCAGGUGAAGGUAGAAGCUGGUAUCCUCCUGGCUGACCUGCAUCUACAGCUGGACAAGCAUGGCUUGGCCAUGUCCAAUCUAGGAGCGGUGUCCGAUGUGACAAUUGCUGGUGUCAUUGGGUCUGGCACACAUAACACGGGGAUCAAGCAUGGCAUCCUGCCCACCCAGGUGGUGGCCUUGACCCUGAUGAAGGCUGACGGGACAGUUCUGGAAUGCUCCGAGUCAAGCAACGUGGAUGUGUUCCAGGCUGCAUGAGUGCACCUGGGCUGUCUGGGCAUCAUCCUCACCAUGACCCUGCAGUGCGUGCCACAGUUCCACCUCCAGGAGACCUCCUUCCCUUCAACCCCCAAGGAGGUCCUGGACAACCUAGACAGCCACCUGAAGAAGUCAGAAUACUUCUGCUUCCUCUGGUUUCCCCACAGUGAGAACGUCAGCAUCAUCUACCAAGACCACACCAAUAAGCCCCCCUCCUCUGCAUCUAGCUGGUUUUGGGACUGUGCCAUUGGACUCUACCUAUUGGAAUUCUUGCUCUGGAUCAGCACCUACUGGCCAUUCCUCGUGGGCUGGGUCAACCGCUUCUUCUUCUGGCUGCUGUUCAGCCACAAGAAAAAGAGCAGCAACCUCAGCCACAAGAUCUUCACCUACGAGUGUCGCUUCAAACAGCACGUCCAAGACUGGGCCAUCCCCAGGGAGAAGACCAAGGAGGCCCUGCUGGAGCUGAAGGCCAUGCUGGAGGCCCACCCCCAUGUGGUAGCCCACUUCCCCGGGGAGGUGCGCUUCACCCGAGGUGAUGAGAUCCUGCUGAGCCCCUGCUUCCAGAGAGACAGCUGCUACAUGAACAUCAUCAUGUACAGACCCUAUGGCAAGGAUGUGCCUCGGCUGGAAUACUGGCAGGCUUAUGAGACCAUCACGAAGAAGUUUGGAGGCAGACCCCACUGGGCAAAGGCCCACAAUUGCACCAGGAAGGACUUUGAGAAAAUGUACCCUGCCUUUCGAAAGUUGGACAUCCGCGAGAAGCUGGACCCCACUGGAAUGUUCUUGAAUCCAUACCUGGAGAAGGUGUUCUACUAAAACAGGAGUAGCAGAAGCCACCC